AACCACUUCCGCGUCAAUAAAUGGGUACGAGAUUGCUUUUUCCGUGUGCGAGAACGUGUUUCAUUUCGUUUCGUCGUUUGUCGGCGACUGCUAGGUUGUUUUCAGCGAAGAAAAAAUUGAAAAUGUCUUAUGUAGCGGUUGAAAGAGGCUCACCUAAUACAAAAAAUUACAGAGUUUUCUUCCAAAAUGAAUCUGGCUUUCCCAUCUCCCCAUUCCAUGAUAUACCACUUUUGGCAGAUGCAGAGAAUCAAAUUUUUAAUAUGGUUGUGGAGAUUCCCAGAUGGAGCAAUGCCAAAAUGGAGAUCAACAAAGAGGAAGGUCUGAACCCAAUCAAACAAGAUGUCAAAAAUGAUAAGUUAAGAUAUGUGAAAAAUAUAUUUCCUCAUCAUGGCUAUAUCUGGAAUUAUGGAGCCUUGCCUCAGACAUAUGAAGAUCCAAGUCAUGUAACACCAGAUACUGGCUGUAAGGGUGACUCAGAUCCACUAGAUGUUUGUGAGAUAGGCUUCAAGAUACAUCCACGAGGUUCUGUUGUCCCUGUCAAAGUGUUAGGAGUUAUGUGUCUUAUAGAUGAAGGUGAAACAGACUGGAAGAUUAUAGCAAUAGAUGCCAGUGAUCCUCUAGCUCCUCUAUUGAAUGAUGUACAAGAUGUAGAAAGCCAGUGUCCUGGUUUGCUGAGGGCUACGUAUGAAUGGUUCAAAUAUUAUAAAGUGCCUGAUGGCAAACCAGAAAACAAAUUUGCCUUUGAUGGAGAAGCUAAAAAUAGGGACUAUGCUUUGAAAGUAAUUCAAGAAACUAAUGAACAGUGGCAAAAAUUGAUCAAUUCCACAGGAGACUCUGCUAUAUCAAGAUUAAACACCACAGUGACCAAUAGUCCAAAUAACACUGAUGUAGGAGAAGCUGAAGCUGUUUUAAAUAAGUCUCCUGAGCCUGGUCCUGCAGAGGAGAUAAGUCAGAAUGAAAACAAGUGGUACUAUGUCAUCCCCAAACUGUAACCUCCAGUCAGUGACUGUGUCAACAGUUGUUCACUAUCAAUAACCAGUGCUACUACCAGAAUCUUCAUCCAGAUUCAGCAUCCAUUGUUUCGAACUUGACCAAACAUUGACAUGAUCUUUUCUAUGCUUCCUUAUUGUCCAUGAUUUGUGUGUGUUAGGUGCAUUGCAAUUCCAGAAUGCUUCAAGAAAUACUGUUGAAUAUAUUUAUGCCAUAAUUAAUUCUUGUAAUGUUGUCUGUGUUUUGAUCAAAGCAAACUGAUAUCUAAGUGUUUCAUUUGCUAAUUGUACAUUUAGUGGACUCUGAUUUUUUUUUUCUUUAUGUAAUGCUACUUGGUGUUUAUAUUUUGUAAAGGGGGGGCAUGUUUGUCUGUGUCAUGGUUAUGUUUACUACUGGUCUAAUUCUAUUGAAAUAAAUCUAUAUUAUACAAUA